GUGUCCAACGGCUUCAACAGCGGAAGUGGUAUAAGUGUGCACUCCUUCCGGUUCCGGCCUCGCGAGCUCCAGUGUAGCAACAUGAAACUGCUCACCCACAAUCUCUUGAGCUCGCACGUGCGGGGCGUGGGCACGCGUGGCUUCCCGCUGCGGCUGCAGGCCACCGAGGUCCGCAUCAACCCCGUGGAGUUCAACCCUGAUUUCGUGGCGCGGAUGAUUCCUAAAGUGGAGUGGGCGGCUCUUGUGCAGGCGGCGGACACCUUAAACCUGGCCGAGGUACCCAAAGAGCCGACUGAAGGCUAUGAGCACGAUGAGACGUUUUUGAGGAAGAUGCACCACGUGUUGCUUGAGGUUGAUGUGCUUGAGGGCACCCUGCAAUGCCCAGAAUCUGGCCGUCUUUUCCCCAUCAGCCGCGGGAUCCCCAAUAUGUUGCUGAAUGACGAGGAAACUGAAACAUGACUUUAGCAUUUGUGUGCAUCAGUUGUGUAGUCUGUUAACUAGAUAUGUCAUGUGUGACCCCGAUCUCCCCUCAAUUACUCACUGACCACCUUGUACUUGAGCUCCAUAGUAUAUUUUUUUUUCUCAUUAAAGGUUCAAAACCAAAA